AUGGGGUGCUGCCCCUCGCGCUACAGCGGUGUCAGAGACGGGGGUUCGGGUUUGUCUUCACCCCCACAGAUAGCGUUUCUAGGUCUUGAUGGAUCGGGAAAGACUACGCUCAUGUACAAGACGCUUAUACCAGGUGCACUUCGCGGUUCGUGGUCAGCCUUUUACCGCUACGUUGAUCUGUGGUGCGUUGUCUACGUGAUCAACCUUCUGGAAACCCAAGAAGACAGGCUUACUGAGAACAAGGCGAUUCUCAUGCAAUUGGCGAAUGAGGCCUGCCUCAAGGCAGCGUGCAUUGUUGUUGUUCUAAACACUAUGGGAACGCCUCCAGAGAGCGCCCCCGUGCCUCCUUCGCAGCUAGUCAGCAGGCUGGGGCUGUAUGAAGUUGCUUCGACAGAAGGUCAAAGGAUUAAGUGGUUUGUCGUGGACUGCAGAAAAGGAGAGACGGACCCCCAGUGGGCAGAAGCUUUCCGCUUCAUUCUAGAUCGAUUUCACAGAAUCAUUUAUCCUCCGCCGCCCCCCCCUAAACGAAAAGAAAAGAAAGGGGGAGCGCAAGAAGGCGUGCCAGUUGUUCCCGAAGACGCGGACGCCCCUUAA